AUUAACCAUCAUAGUAUCUCUCUCAUUUAUUAAUAGAAAUCAUUUUAUCCACUCCAAGCCCUUUGGUCAAUCUAAAUUUCCACCUCAAUCCAAUGAGUUCAACCUUUGGCCUGAAUCCUUUUUACCCUUUAACCUUUCACAUAACACUGAUCAUCUCCUCCUUCACCUCUCUUACCUCCUCCCAUUGUCAAGUUUAAUUAUCCACCUUCAUCCUCCCAUUUAAUGUUAAUCCAAACACUUUAGUGGUUAAUCAUGAUUCAAAUCAACAUUUAACUGAUCACUAACCUGUUUUUCCGUUACAAUUAAUAUUAAUUAUCAUCAUUAUUAUUAUCUCUCAAUUGAAUCAACCAAUUAUAACCAUCAAAUGUAUCACUUUGUAUUAAAUUGUGCUUUAAUGUAAACAAUUAAAACUAUAUAAUUGUCAAUCUUUAAUCUUCAUCAAUCUUUCAUCAAUCCCAAAUCUAAAUGUUUACUUAAUCAAUCUGACAAUUAGAUUAACAUCAACAACAAUUACAAAUGCAAAAUUUAAAUGUCAUUAUAAAUAAAUACCGUUGAAACUUGUAUGUUGGAUUCAAAGUGAACAAUUAAAACAAUGUAUCUUUUUAAAUUGUGAAUGAAUAAUCAAACAAUCAACUCUCAAAUUGUUCACAGCAAUUAAAUCAACAAUUUGAGUUUAAUUUCCUUUAUGAUUUUUCUUAUGUGUUGUUGUUGCGCAUUCAAUUGAUCAGCUGAUUGUCAAGCUUCACAACGAGAGGUUAGUUAAUUGUUAUUAACUAAAAACAUCAUCUUAAUCAUAUCAACCACUUAAACACUUUUGUUAUUGAUCAACAUUAUCAUCCUAAAUCAUCAAAGUUUAUAGAAAACUGAAAAACAGUAACAAUAAUCAAGAUCAUAUUGUGUUGAUCGUUAGACGAUAAUUUGAUUCUAAUGAUACCUAAUCAGGUUCACGGUUCACCAAGUCCUUUAUCGAAAUCUGGUUUACCGAAUGAUGGUGUUGAUGGUAAUGGAGGUGGUGGGGGUAAUAGCGACGAUGAUGGGACCAAUUUAACGAGAUCAAGUACGACAGGGACAAUAAUAACACCGAUGCCUUCACAGGUUAACAAAGGAAAGACAACAUCUCCAUUAGUUUCAGUAACUGCAUCAUCAACGACUGGAACAAUUUCUGGUGUAGUUGGUAGUUUCAACAGAGAAAUCAUGAGACAAUAUAUUCGUGAGCGUAAAGAGAUGAAAAUAGUUAUAUUACAUGCAAAGGUCGCCCAAAAAUCUUAUGGAAACGAGAAGCGAUUCUUUUGUCCACCUCCAUGUAUUUAUCUCUAUGGUCAAGGUUGGUCACAUAGACAACAGCAAAUGAUACAAGCUGGACAAUCAGAAUCAUCAACACAAAUUUGUGCCUUCAUCGGAAUCGGUAAUUCAGACCAAGAAAUGCAACAAUUAGAUUUCAAUGGAAAGAACUUUUGUGCAGCCAAAACUCUGUAUAUAAGUGAUUCAGAUAAACGAAAACAUUUCAUGUUAUCGGUGAAAAUGUUUUAUGCAAAUGCCGACGAUAUUGGUGUUUUCUAUUCCAAACGGAUUAAGGUCAUUUCCAAACCCUCCAAGAAGAAACAAUCACUUAAGAAUGCAGAUUUGUGUAUAGCAUCGGGAACAAAAGUAGCCUUGUUCAAUCGACUUCGAUCUCAAACAGUCUCAACUCGUUAUCUUCAUGUUGAAAACAAUAAUUUUCAUGCGAGUUCAUCUCAAUGGGGAGCAUUUACAAUUCAUUUACUUGAUGACAACGAAUCGGAAUCUGAGGAAUUCACAGUUCGAGAUGGUUAUAUUCAUUAUGGAUCAACGGUGAAACUUGUUUGCUCCGUGACUGGAAUGGCCUUACCAAGAUUGGUAAUUCGUAAGGUAGACAAGCAAAAUGCUCUAUUAGAUGCCGAUGAUCCAGUUUCCCAAUUACAUAAAUGUGCCUUUUACAUGAAAGAUACCGAGAGAAUGUAUCUCUGUUUAUCUCAGGAAAGGAUAAUCCAAUUCCAGGCAACACCCUGUCCAAAGGAACCAAACAAAGAAGUGAUCACCGAUGGUGCUUCAUGGACAAUAAUUAGCACCGAUAAAGCUGAAUACACUUUUACCCAUGGGAAUGGCCUUACAGAUCAAAUUGGAACAAUCAACUCAACAGGUCCAGUUAGUCCAGUUCCAAUUGUAAAUAACCUUAAUCUUAACGGUGGAGGUGAAGUUGCCAUGUUGGAAUUGACUGGCGAAAAUUUUACCGAAAAUUUGAAAGUUUGGUUUGCAGACGUGGAAACGGAAACGUUUUUCAGAUGUCAAGAGAGUAUUUUAUGUGUGGUACCUCAGGCAUCAGAAUUUCGUGAAGAAUAUGAAUGGAUUCGUCAUCCAACCCAAGUACCAAUUUCUUUGGUUCGUGAAGAUGGGAUAAUCUAUGCAACCGGAUUAACUUUCACUUAUACACCUGAACCUGGUCCUAGGCAAUCAUGUCCUUCUGAACUGGACACAAUUAACAAUGUUGAUUCAAUUGUUAGACCAGUAAAUCAAUCGGAAUAUUCUGGACAUUCACCAUCUCAUCAACAGCAGCAGCAUCACAAUACUCAUAACCAUCAUCAUCAAGUUCACCAUCAACAACAACAACAACAAUUACAUCAAAAUAUUCAACAUUCUCCUCAUACUCAACAUGGUUAUCAAUUGAAUCAAUUGGAUUCUCAUGAUCAUCAUCAAUCUCAACCACAACCACAGCAUCAACAUCAUCUUAACCAUUCCCAUCAAUCAACAAUCGCUCACCCUGGUUCACCUCCAUCCCUUGUGCACCAAGUCCAAAACUGUCUUGAGAAUACAUUUAAUGGGCAUCUCUACCUAUUGGAUCAACAACAACAACAACAAGCCCAACAUUCAACUGCUCAACUUCAAUCUUCAUCAUCUUCAUCAUCAUCAUCAUCGACAACAUCAUCUGAUCAUGCAAAUCAUCAAAACAAUCAGCAACAAUCAAAUCAUUUACUAUCAACUACUGAUCACCAAAGAGCUCAACAACAACAACAAUCGGAACAAUCAAUUAUUGAUUCAUCUUCAUCCAAUCAACAUUUUCAUCAUCAGUCAUCUUUACCCUCCCCACCUCCUCUGUUAACCCACCAUCCGCAUCCUCAUCCUCAUCACUCACCUAAUCAUAUUGUAAAUCAUCAUCAUUCAUCUUCACACCAUUUUGCAAUGAUGUCUCGAUUUUCAGGUGAUAAUAAUUUAAGAUCUGAUGUUCUAAAUCAUUCCAAUUCUAAUCAUCAGCAUUUUCAAAAAACUAAUUAUCGAUCUCAUCCUUACUUUGUACCCGGACACGGAAAUCACUCUUCGCCCUCUCAUCAUCAUCAUCAUCAUCAUCACUCUCAUCCACAUUUACAAGCACUUUAAUGAAUUGAACGGUUGAUUGUCUGCAUACAUAUCGAUAAAAUAAUCAAAUAAUUAGACUGAAAACAAAUCAUAUGUUUAUUAUCAAUCGUCUUUCAUCAAUUUUAUCACAUUAAUACUCACCAAUAAUUCAACAAUUAACAAAAUCACACAACUUAUUAGCUAAUUUUCACAAUUUAUCUGCAUAUCUUUUCAAUUUAACAACAGAGCAAAAAUAUAAAUCAAAUCAUGUUCUACCCUUUAAAUUGUUAUCAAUUAACUCUGUAAUCAACAAUAUUUAAUUAUCAUAUAUAAAUCAUCAUUAAGGAUCACAGGGAAAUCUGAAUACCUAUGGAAAAAAUCAAAGUGGAAUCGAAAAAGAUUAUCAUGAUUAUCAACGUAAAAGUUGAUCAACUAUCGGCACAAUUUAAACCACAAUGCAAAUUAUCGUCUUAAUCAUCACGAAAAAAAAAGAUCAAUUGUACUUAACAAUUUAACGAAUUGCAAAAAUCACUUCUUUUAAUUAUUCCUGUGAUAUUGAACCACAAAUAACAUUUUUCUGUUCUAAUCUUUAAUUGUUCCCAAUUGUAAUAAGAGAAAAAAGUUCCAAUCAACCAAGACAAUCUCAUCUAAAUUUCAAUUCCAAUAAAAUCAUUUAUCUCUUUCCUCAA